AUGGUCAUGUACCGGCGCAGCGAUCCCCGGUGGAAUCGCACGCUACAGCACAUCACCAACAACCUCGAGCACGCAAACGAAUCGGCGCAGGAGAACAUCUACGGCUUCACGCAGCGUUACGUCAACCCGUGCUUCUCAUCGAUUAGCCAAUGUGUCAAGGCGUGCACGGCGCCAUGCUUCCCAGGUCACAACGACCGCCGGCGUCACCACGGCCGUUCCCGGGGCCGGGCAGAAGUCAGCUUCGACUUUUAUGACGACUGGGAGCAAGACGAGAGCGAUGGGCUGCUCGGCUGGGGCAGCGACAACCUCGACCGCUUCCUAGGCGGGGCGGCAAACUAUGGCGCAACCGCGCAGCCCGGCCGACAGCGUGCCAUGAGCUAUGGACAGCGCAACCGCAACCGCGAUACACGAUACAAUGGCCCGCGACGCAAGAGCACCGCCGUGCCGCGCGACGCCGCCCAGGAUCCGACGCUGAUACCGAGUUCCUCGUACUUUGGCUUUCUAGGCCGACUGCCGUUUAGAAUUGGCGCAAAGGCGCUGCGGUACAAACCCUCUGCCGCCGACCUGACUGACCAUCCAGGCGCCGCACGACACAGUCUUGACGAGGAACAGGCCUUGAUCGAGGACAGCGACGAGGAUGCGCUCGACCCCCUCAACCCCCGCGAACACAAGGCCAGGCGCCACCGUAGACAGCGCAGUGACACACACACGUCGGGCCACACGACCGACUCGCUGAGUUCGCGUGGCGACAUCUUCCCGAGCGAAGACGAGCUGGAAGACGCCGUCCCGCUCGAUGAUGAGUUCACCAUUGCCCUCGAGCGCCGCACCACCGGCCAAUGGAAUGAAGAUGCCGCCAGCAGCAACAAAGCCCGCUCAAGCACCAGUAACACCAAGACCACGACCAAGCGACCCUCUGCCUCACGCCUGUCCUCCCGUACAGUCUCCUCCCGCAACACAGCAGCGACAAUCUCCGAGCUUGACACUCCCACCCUGGCCGACCUCCAGAAAGAAGAGGACCGUCUCCGUAUCGACGAGGAAGUCGCAGUCCACCGCAAACGCCACGACGCACACCAACUUGCCGUUAAACGCGGCCUCGCACCGGACCCAUCCACCAUCACUACACCGCAUCCUUUGCCCUCGCCCACACAAGCCCCAAUGGCGGCAGUGGAUCCUAUCUUCUCCCCGCUGCUACCUACCCCAGCUAGCGAGUCUGAACACGACCUACAUGACCCUACCCCAUUUCCUAGUUUCAUAGACGCCCAGACGAUGCCGGAUAGCAGUGCCUUUUAUGUUGACGAGAGCGAUUAUUCGAGCAAGGUCGUUACCCCGACUCGGCCCUUGUCGCUGAGGGCCGAGACGAGCGAGGAAGGGGUACGUGGAGAAGCGUUUGUACCAGCGAGAUUGCCCAACUUUGGGCAUGGGUAG